UAUGGUUACAGUGAGUAACUUGUAAACGGCGUGUUAGCUUAACUUUCCCCUAAGUAAAGCUCGUUUCUUUGCUCUAUGGAAAAGACUGUUUUUUUUUAAUCAAGCUGCCAGGUUAAGAGGAGCAUUAAACGAUUCAGCAGGGAGAGUGACCCUUGAAUAAUGGACCCUCCUGGUGAAGAUGACUCUGGCCUGUGUGUGCUCCUUCAGCAUCGCAGCAUCAUCACGUCAACAUUGUCCUCUCUGGAGGAAGAGGAGACUCCUGACCUGCACCUGAGCCUUGAGUGUGGCAGCAGUGCAGACAAAAUGCAGAGCCCAAGGCCAGAGACCCCCCGUGUCCCGCCUGAGGGGCCCGAACCCGAGGAGCCCACCAAGCACCCCGCCUCUCGCACUCUGUUCCUGAGCAGGACAAAUCUGAAGGAGGUGGCGGACAGCGUCCUGCAAAACAGCUCACUAAAGAAUUUAUAUCUUGAGGGUAAUCAGAUAUCCAAUCUCCCGGACUCGAUGUUCAUCAGCCUGCCCAAUUUGCUGUGGUUGGACCUGCGAAAUAACCAGAUCACAUCCAUUCCUGCAGGAAUUGGCUUGCACAGAUCUCUGAAAACAUUACUGCUGGAGGGAAACCCAAUCGCAGAACUUCCACCAGAGCUGGGUAACGUGAUUACCCUCAAAGCCCUGAGCCUGAGGAACUGCCCCAUCCGAUUCCCUCCCCAGCACAUUGUGUACCAGGGGCUCCCGUGCAUCCUCCUGUACCUGAGGAGCGCCAUGGCUGAGCGAACAGUCAGCGCCAGAAAGUCUUGUCCAGAUUUGCCUCCGGUGGAGAGGCUGCAGCUGUCGGAGCUGGUGAGGUCCAGUGUGGAGGAGCAGGACGAGUCGGUGGAUGAGGAGGCGCUCCAGAAGUUCAGGGAGCUCAAACACAGGAUGAUGCUGCUGGACAGGGCUGAGCUGGGCUGCCAACCCCUGACACCGCAGGGUGACAGAAACCACACACCCCCACACCCUCUCCCUCUCAUCAGCAGAAAAAAAGAGAUUACCAAGGCCAACAUUAUUCUCGAGCUCCCUCUGUGUGACGUCCAGCACGCCAAGAGGUCAGUGGAAAGGAGACUGACUGCAGUGAAAGAGCUGAGAGAGAAACAGAUUGUUCUCGAACAGAGAAAAAAAGACCAGGAGUUUCUUCAGGAGUGGCGCACACAUGCCAAGAUCAUGCAGGGGAGGAAAAUGCUUAAGAACAAACGUGAGAGACAUGAAAAACAAAGGAGGAAAGAGGAAGCAGAAAAACCUGUAGGCACUGCAGAGGCAGAGCUCGGUGCAGCUGACAGGAGCGAUGGUCCCCAGAGGCUGCAGACGUCCUACAGGUCCCAGGAGGAGCGUGAAGAGGCCAGAGCGGCCCGUGACCACGAGCUGGAGCAGCGGAUCCGUGCCCAUAUGAAGAAGAUGCAGCAGAGGCACAGGAGGCCCAGGGGCACUGUGGCAGAGAAGACGGUCGCAGCACAGCAAGAUCUAGAAGAGACGAGAAAGUUACACGCAGAGCUUAUGGAGAAGAAACGGCACAAAGAGACUGAAUAUCGUUUCACUGCCUUCACCGGAGGCACCUAAUUUCUUAGAUAAAUGAAACACCUUUAUGCAUAAUGCUGUAACUAUUUUAGUUUUGUCACAUUUAAUGCACCUUUGAACCAGUAAUUGCAUUACGAAUGUCCAUCACAGUACAGUAAAGAUCACAAGAGUGUUACUCAACAAAUGCAUGCUUUGCAUUUUUCCACAGCAUGCUGCUUUUUCUUUGUCUUCCUUUUUUUCUUCACACAACAGACAUGAUUUCAGCAAAUAAACCUCUACCUUUCAAUGGCU